AUGACGAUGAAUGCACCGAAAUUUACUAUCCAUGCAGCUUUGUUUUCAGCCCUCUUUUUCAUGUCCUUCAAACUAAGCAAUUGUAUCCUCUGCCCCGAAAUUGAAAACCAAUCACUUUUAAUCUUCAAGCAAUCUCUCAAUGGCUCCUCAAGCGUGUUGUCUUCUUGGGAUGCUAAAUUUGAUUGUUGCACGUGGAAAGGUGUUGGCUGCAUCAACUUAACUGGCCAUGUUCUUCAACUCCACCUCCAAGGUAAUUAUUCUUUAGGUGGGAAAGUAAGCCCUGCUUUGCUCAACUUACAGCAUUUGAAAUAUCUUGACCUGAGUCAAAACAGCUUUGUCCAAAAUAUCCCUUCUUUCAUUGGAUCACUCACAAGCCUGAGUAUUUGA